UGUUAUAUCUAAGACAAAAACAUUUUUUCUCUUUGUAAAUAAAAGACCCUUUGUAUCGUUCUUAUUUUUAGUUGUUGUAAGUACGUUUCUUUGGUAAAACAAUUUAUUGACCGUUAUCUAAUAGUUUAAUAUAUUUGACAUCAUAUUCAUGAAUACAUACGCGUUUAAUAUUUAAGAAUAUAAGAAAAUUUGCUUGCCGCAUAUCACAUUCACCGAUCUAAAUAUUUGAUACAAAUAAUUACAAACCUCUCUUUUUUUGAUUAAAAUAGAAACGUUAAAAACAUUGUUUCCUGUGUCAUUUCCUGUUUUAGUAACUUACUGUUUUAGUAUGAAUGCAUGGUGGAACCGACAAUUGAGUAUUUUGUUUCCCCACCGGACUAAUAACAUUACACGUGCUGUGCUCUUCGCCAUUUUAGCUCAGCAGUUUCACCAGCCUCCGCUGUAACGUUGAGCCGAUGUUGGUAACUGUCGACCGGAAGCUCUUCCUGUCCUAUAUUCACCGUGAACUGUGAACUCUUACCGUUCGUGAGUUCAUUUGUUAACAUGGCCGCCUCGUGGCUGCUGAAGAGAUGGUGCUCCACAGCAGCUACAGAGACAACCAAGGGCACAAGGUGGCAAAGACUGAUAAAGAGUCGCGCAGGUGUAUGGUGCCGAAGUCUUUUAACUGAUUAUAAGGAGGCUUGUCGUGAGACCGUGCUGGGGGCCCGAGAGCGACCCCUUAAAGCCACAGUCUACUUGGGUCUUCUGGGAGGAGUGUACGCCUGCUAUUACACCAACCCUGAUGAUGCCUCCUUUGAGACCAGCCUUCUAGAAACUUCCAACCGCCUGGCUCUGCUGUCACCAUGGAUACGCAGUGGCACCUCAGAUGGACACGUCCAGACCCUUGUGAAACUGCGAAACGAGGGCAGGCUGCGCUAUGCCAGCCUGGGCAUCGUAUCUUUGACUUAUUACACGGACUAUGACCCCAAGUCCAGCCUGUAUGAGGCACGGUGCUCGGCCAUCUCUGUGCCCUGGGCAGAAUUUCCAGAACGCGUCCUGGAUGUGGGUUUUGCAGGACGCUGGUGGGUGCUUGAUCGUAAAAUGAAGGAUUUUGAUAUAAAUGAGGAGGAGUUCAAAUAUCUUCCACCUGCUUUAGUGGCAACGGUCCCACCGUCAUCCCAGAUAACGGAAAGGAACGAAAAGCUGCAUGAGGAAUCAUGGAAAGCUGUGGUCAUGGAAGACGAGAGCAAUGAAUUAGAUGGUAUACAAAAAGAUCUGGACACACCCGUUAAAGAAAUAGAGAGCAACACGUCAUACAAAGUACAGACUUCAACAUAGCUCAAAUAUAGAUGACUCUAAAAAAAAAAAAAAAAAACAUGCUUGCAAUCAGCAGUCAGCUGUUGAUAAGAAAUAAAAAGUAAAAAAAUAUGUACAGCAUUAUUAUAUUGUGAUCAUGGAAAUAAGCAACAUGAUAAUGUAGUCUGUUAUUUUUACUGAAAAUAAAUUGUGCGAAUAAGUGUUAUUGGUUGACUGUAAAUAUUAAAACCUCUGUAGCAUA